CUGAGCCACGGGCCGUUGGAGCCGCAGCCGAGCCGCCAGCCACUUGGAACGAGCUCGCCGCCGCCCCCGGAGCCGCCGAGGCCAGCUGGGCGGCGCUGCCCCGCGGCGGGAGAGAGGAGGCUGCGGGAGAGAGGAGGCUGCGGGAGAGAGGAGGCGGCGGCCGGCCAGCCCGCGGCGCGGCUCGGGGCGUACCGUCUCGCGGCCCGGGAGCCACGCGAGCUCCGCGCCCGCACGCACGAGCCGCGACUCGCGCCUCCCUCGGCCUCCGGCCUCUCCGCCCCCACCCCCGCCCCCUGGCCAGGGCCGCGCGGCGGCGGCGGCGGCCAGAGGAGCAGCAUGAAUCUGCGGCUCUGCGUGCAGGCGCUCCUGCUGCUCUGGCUCUCCCUGAGCGCGGUGUGUGGAGGGCCCCUGCUGCAGACUUCUGACGGGAAGGGGAUGGAGGAAGGCACCAUCCGCCACCUGGUGCAGCCCAGAGGGCCGAGGAGCGGCGCAGGGCCCUGGCAGGGAGGUCGGAGGAAGUUCCGCCGCCAGCGGCCGCGCCUCUCCCAUAAGGGCCCCAUGCCUUUCUGAAGCAGAUCGGCCUGCUUCUCUGGAGCCCUCACAUCCGUUCGCCUCAUCCGGCCCCUGUUCUAGCUGCUGACGGUCCGGCUCUUCUCCCCCACCAGCCUCCCCGAAUGGAUUGGCGUGCUCCUGCCCCUAGCAAGGAUCCGUUCAGUCCCCCUUCCUGACUGGGGCGACCCUGCACUGGAAGGCCGUCCUUCCUCUCCCCAGCCCUCCCCCUGCUCUAGUCUCUACCUCUUCUGUCUAAUACCCUAACAUCUAACCCUUCUCUGGCCCUUCCUGCCUCAGGUAUGCCCUGGGGGCUGGGUGGAACCCGCCCUUCUUUAAUGGGCUCCAGCACAUUCCACGUUUUCGUUCGCAUCAGCACUCCCCCCCCACACCACCCCGGCCUCCAGAGGGGCAUAGAGAGCGGAGCAAUGAGAGACUCUAGGAAGAGGGACCGGGUUGUUGGGAUGCAGACAGGGUGCCUUGGGGGCAUGGGAACGGGGGCUUGGCGAUCUGGCGAAGGGGGAGUGAAGCAUUGGAGAAGAGGAGGAAUAGCUACUGUGGCCUCUUCCUCAUCCCCAUGUUUGGCCCGGUUAAGGAAGAGGUGAAGGAGAGGGGCCAUGAAGUACUUUGUCACUUCUCUCGCCUCACUGUGCCGCCUAACAUUCCCUCCCACUCACUCCCGCCCCCCGCCCCCCCCCCCAGCUAGUUCAAGCUCCAGCUCAGGAGGGGAGGGUAUGCGCCUCAGGUGGCUCUGUACCCUCCCAGGAGCAAAAGCCAAGCAGGAUGAUUGGUUUUGCCAAGAAUCACAGACGAUCAGAGCCAAAAGGAACCUUGGAGUUCACUUAGCUCCACCUCCUCAUGCAAACUCCUGCAAAAACAGAGGCUCGGAGAGGGAUGGUGACCUGCUCAGUGUCACUGCAGAGCCGGAAUGAAGGCCCAGGUCUCCGAACUCCCACGUGAUGAUGCCCUCUUCCUUCUUGAUGAUGUCUUCCAAACCCAUUAAGUGCCUUUUCCCGGGGUUGGGGCUGGGGGUGGCCAGGAAGGGAGAGGGGGCCGGCUGUGAACUGCCCCACGGUGGGACGGAGCUGUUCCCUCCUCCCCGGCCUGCCCCUUCUGGUCCAUUCCCCAGCCCGGCCUGGAAAGUUCCCUGACUGGCCAGCUGCCCCCAUUCCUUGCAGCACUCCCAGACCCUGGGUAUUUUCACAGGGGCAGCUCAGGCACCGAGACUACCAGGAAUCAGGAGGUGGCCUUAACCAAUUGGACUCAAUGGCUUUCCCUUCACGUUGACUGGACCUUCUUCUCCCAGUGGCCUUUCCCUGAGGAGGCAGGGAGUGGGGAGAAGAAGAAGGAAACAAAGAAGGAAGGAAUGGAGGGGGGAAGGAAGGAAGGAAAGAUGGGAGGAAGUGUAGAUCUCAGCAGGCUUUCUUCUCAAAGGCCUCGUGGGAGGGAGAAAAGGGAAGACAGGAGCCUGAUGGCCACCUAUGUACGUGUGGGGCAGGGGGAGUCAGGGCCCCCGGAGUCCCAGAACAACCCCGACGUUUGCCUACCCGCCCCUCCCCCUUCCCUCCACUGCUGCUAACGCUGCUGCUGCUGCUACUGCUGCUUUAAGGCCACCCUGGGGAGCCAGGCUGGGCACCUGCCGCCCCCCAAACGCCCCUCAGCCCAGAAUGGGGGCUGGCCAGUGUCCAGAAAGCCUCUUCUGCCACGGAUGUCCCCACCGGGGCUGGGCCUUCUUCCGCCUCUUCCUUUCUGCAUCUCCUGUCGCAUCAGUUGCC